AUGGAAACUCAACCUUCAUCGGAUGAUUCAGCUUCGUCCCAGCCACAACCAGACUCUAGCGACCGUCCGUUGACAGUAUACGAAAGCGUUACCGCCUCAUUAGGUCGUGCAACUUACUAUCCACCAGCUUCAUUUUCUGCCCUUCAAGGUACCUCAAGUGCGGUCCCACGUGCUUCUUUAGCCGUAGGCCCGUACCUCUCCGCGAGCGCGCGCACGUCGUUCACUCAUGUCGAUGUCGACGGCGUUCCGACCGUUGGGGCAUACCCUCCGCUUCCGAUUUCUAUUUCGCCCUCAGGCCAAGCUACGCCAGACGCUGCGGUGGUCAACCGCAAUGUAACGUCCGGCGCAGACGGAACUACCGCACAAGUACCUCAAACCCCUCAAGUGUCCCUGACAUUUCUCCUCGUCUCUGGCCGAAGACGGACUAUGUCUUUUGAUCCUGCAAAUACAAUUGGAAGGGUUAAAGAGCUGGUGUGGAAUGCGUGGCCUACAGAUUGGCAAGAGGAAACCCCACAAGCCCCAUCACAUUUGCGAAUUCUUCACCUAGGCAAGAUUUUGCAAGACGAGGACACUCUUACUCGUCUUUCAUUUCCAACUUCUCUACCAUCAUCCUCGUCUUCCUUGCCCACGAUUGUUCAUCUUUCCAUCCGUCCCUCUAACAUCUCAACGGUUGAUGACACUAUGAAAAAGAAACGCCUUAGCAAUGCAUUUGCCAGGAGGGGAACGUUAAACGGCGACACAGAGAUUCCACAAGAAAGUGCCGAUGAUGCCGUGGGAAGGGGAUGUUGCUGUGGAUGCAUCAUUUGCUAA